GCAAAAGAAAAAUAAAAUAUAAGAAUUAAACUUAAUAAGAAAAGGAAAAACAGAAACAAAAAAGAUAUACUGCAAAUUUGAAUAUAUGCUGAUUUGGUACGAGAGUAUUCAGCAAGUAGCCAAAUACUACCGCCUUUCAAUUUUUCGAAGACGACGUUGGCCGUUACGCCAAGCCCUCCGCCCGUUAGGGUUCCAUGCCCACGACCAUCUUUAACUGUAGCAACUGAUAUUUCAUGGAUGCCGUAACGUCGAGCGCCGAUUUAAGUAUCGGGUGGACUCGGGCAAUUGAGUACUUAGCAUGCUUUCCUCAAAUUGACCCUUCUAUUUUACAUGAUUUAAUCGACGAAGCUCCAGAAUUUCAUGAGGAUUUAGGGAAGAAUGCAAGAGAAAGGGUUGCUUUAAAAUGUUUGGAACAUUUGUAUACUGAUGAUAAUACUGAUGCAGCUGCAAAUGACACCCGUUUGUUGUCGAAUCCAAGAGGUAUAUUCGACCUCUCUCACAGUUGCGAAGAUGUGCUCCAAUCCAUACUCAAAGAGACAUCGGUAUCUGAUUUGCAAACGGGGACAUCAAAUUUGUUUAAAUGGGAUAUUCAUCAUUUCAUCGUCCUGAAAAGAGCUUCGAUGCCGAUAUCUGCUCUACAACAGCUGAAAGAUGCAAUUCUUGAAGGUACCAAUCCACAUGCUUCUUCCUUGAGAUAUUUUAGUGGUCUGGGACAUGGAAAUGACGACCGUGAUGGAAUUAAUGUUGAUACUGGAAAUGACGAUAAUCGCUCUGACAUUCAGAAUAUGGCACCAGAAGGGAGCAACAUUCAUUUGCCAAUUUUGAGCAGUGAUUAUCAUCAGAGAAAUUUAUUACCCUUAAAAAGAAAAGGAAGCGUCUUGGAUAAUGAACAUCCAGUGGAAGACUAUCAGGACGAUCAAGGUGGCGUAAAUGAUAUUGAUCCCCAUUUUUAUGCCAAGAGAUUUAAGUUUGAUGCUAAUACCUCAGGAGGGGAACAAAUAUUAGUUCCGCAGUUUGGUAACGAGCUGGUGGAAAAUUUAUCUGAAUUGAUUACUAGAAUUACAGAGAGAGAAAGCUGCCCUGUUGAAACAAAUGUGCAAGUAGGACUGGGUGAAUGCUGUUCUUUAGAAAAUGGUCGUGAUAAUUUGGUUGCGACAGAAAAUUUUGAGUGUUCUGCUGAUGCAAAUGAUGACUUCCAGCAAAAACAAUGGGGCAGUGUUAAUAAUGCCAAUGGAAUACUAGAAUGUAUAUCUGAAGGUGGAGCUCAGCAAUGUAUUUUGGAGGAUGAAGUUAAUGUGACUAAAUUUAGAGCAUCAAAUGUUGCAUUGUCUCUUAAAACCAUAGAAAACAUCUCCCUUGAUGAAAACAAAGAUGACAAUGAUACUGUUAAUCAGUUUAAAUCACAAAAUAUUGCUUCCUUGAAUGUAUUAACUCCAGGCAGUAUAGCUGAAAAUUUGAAAAUUCGCAUGAAGAAUCUUUUUCAAGAAGAUACGUCAAGUCAUGAGAAGAUUGAUGUUACCACGGAGAAGAGUCAUCUUCUGAGCUCUGAUUGUACCCCAAGUCAUGCUUCCCCGUCGAACUGGACAGAGCUUGAUCUUUGUUUAAAAUGUAGCAAAGAUGGCCAGUUAUUGAUAUGUAAUGCUGCUAAUUGUCCAUUUGCUGUUCAUGACAAGUGCUUAGGUUGCUCACCGAAGUUUGAUGAAAAAGGGAACUUUUACUGCCCAUUCUGUGGGUAUUCUUAUUCCAUCUCAAAAUACCAUGAAGCUAAGGAAAAAACUAGUUUGGCAAGGAAGGAGCUAGCUGCAUUUAUUCGUGAGCAUCCUAAGAGAUCACGUAUUCGGAAGCGCUGUAACUUAGAACACAACCAAGAGGUAGGUACUUUACACAAAACGCACGAGACUGGGGAUUUGAGUGAGCGAGAAUUUGAUCAAACUAGUAACAAAGAGCAUGAAGCAAAUGGGAUAAGUCAGAAUUGUCCUGAAGCAAAUGGAUCUAAAGAGAUGGAUCUAGGUGGACUUGACAGACGAUCAAACUUGAGGACAUAGAGGUUUUUUGUUUAGAUAAGUGUGAAGCUGAAAGAGGAACUCAGAAGGGAGUAACAGCGCAACAAAGAGAGGCAACAGUGAGUCCUUAGUCCUUUUUCAAUGAUUCCUGUUCUUGACAUUAUAUAGGGUUUAUUGGAGUAACAACUCAACUAAUAGUCUGUAAUUAUGAUGUGUAGUUUAUACACAACGCCUCAGUUGAAGAGAAAAUGAAUUUUUUGGACAAACGAGUAGGAGGGAAAGAUACUUAAGGUACAUAAUUAGCACAGUUUCUAUAUCAGCACCUGCUCUUGCUUGUGGUACAUGAUCAUGAUGAUGUUGCUUCACAUCGAUCGCCUAGGAAGAUUGAAAUAUUUUGCAGAAGAGUUUGCGUAGGCGCUUAUGUUUUCUUUUUGUAAAUGUUAAGCUAACAAUGGGCGUCUUGAUGAAAUUGUGAUGACGGAGGAGGUUCAGCGUCAUAUGACCUGUGUAUUAUUUUGGACAUUUCCAUGUCUUUUUGAGCAAUGUAAUAUGUUGCCCUUUAACUAUUAAAUAGAAAGAUCAUGUGACUAGUCGUUGUUGUAGCU